GGCUGUUCAGUUGCUCACUGAUCCGUUUGCCUGGCAGACGUCCGCAGAAAGCGUCGAAGGCCCAGCGACUGCGCUCGAUUAAUAACUGAUAAAUUGCCAGCGAUUCGCGGGCUGCGCUCCAUUGACCGCCGAAAGUUUUCAGCUCGCAACCCCGACAAGAUGAGCCUGCAGUCGAUCAAGUACUCCCGGGGCAGCCUGGAGAUCCUGGAUCAGCUCCUCCUGCCGGGACAGUCCAAGUACGUGGUGGUGCGCGGAGUGGAGGAUGGCUGGAAGGUCAUCAACAAGAUGCAGGUUCGUGGUGCUCCCGCCAUCGCCAUCGUGGGAUGUCUAUCCCUGGCCGUGGAAAUCAACCCGGAGGAGUUCGACAACAAGAAGUCGCUGCGGCAGGAGAUCGAGGGCAAGUUGAACUACCUGGUGUCCGCGCGCCCCACAGCCGUGAACAUGAAAAUCGCCGCCGACGAACUCAUCACCCUGGCCAACGAACUCGACAAGGACGAGGCCAUUGACGUGGCGGAAAUGAAGCAAAGAUUCCUGAGUGCCACUGAGGCGAUGCUGAAGAAGGACAUCGCCGACAACCGCGCCAUUGGAGCGCACGGCGCCAAGGCGAUUCUGCAGCGCGUGGCCGAGGCGGCCGGAGCUCCGGCGGGAUCUGCAGGCUCCGUCCGGGUGCUGACCCACUGCAACACGGGCUCCCUGGCCACCGCGGGUUACGGAACGGCCCUGGGAGUGGUCCGGCAACUGGCCGAGCUAGGAAAACUUGAACAUGUUUACUGCACAGAGACCCGUCCGUACAAUCAGGGAGCUCGCCUCACAGCCUACGAACUGGUCCACGAGAAAUUCCCCGCCACUCUGGUUCUGGACAGCAUGGUGGCCGCUCUGCUGCGGGCCAAGAAUGUGGCUGCCGUCGUGGUGGGAGCAGAUCGGGUGGCCUCCAACGGCGACACGGCGAACAAGAUUGGCACCUACCAGAUCGCGGUGGUGGCCAAGCACCACGGCGUGCCCUUCUACGUGGCCGCCCCGCUGACCUCCAUCGACCUGGCCAUUCCCGGCGGCGACCACAUCAUCAUCGAGGAGCGGCCCGACCGGGAGAUGACCCACGUGGGCGAGCACCGGAUCGCCGCGCCGGGCAUCAACUGCUGGAACCCCGCCUUCGACGUCACGCCCGCCUCCCUGAUCACCGGCAUCAUCACGGAACGCGGCGUCUUCCGGCCGGCGGAACUGAAAGAGGCCAUCGGCAAGCUGCUCGAGUCAUAACAGGCGCACAGAAGUUGUUGUUUACGAAUGCACUCCAUACCCCAGAAAACAGAAACGAGAAAACCAGAGCACUCACGCGCGGUCGGAAUAGGCAUUCUGCCAGCUGAGUUUUGUAUACAAACAAACGUGCUCCCUGGCAGAAGUGGGUCGGUCUGCUGGGGAAGCACAUCGCACAACGCACAAUAUACCUCCCACACUUGUAGCCCCAUUA